AUGAUAUUCUCACCGACCCCUUCACCCGCAGGCUCCCCUCCAAUCCUAGAGGAGACCACCACCAUAGGAACAACACCAUGGACACCUCUCUUCUCACACUCCUGUUCAUUUCCCCCAGAAAUCUUCAGAGAAGUAAUGCUGAACCUCAUCCGGAACCCCAAUAUCAACUCCAACCGUCUCUUCCGAGCAGAUAUCUCUCUCGAUAUCCCAUAUACCCCAAACCUCGCACCUGACUCGGAAAUCCCUCCACGAAUCGCACACUUCGAGGAUUUUGAUCUCAAGACCGUGAUGGUCAGGACUAUGAUCCCAAGAAAUCCUCUCCUCGAUAAACCUUUAGACCAGACAUCCUUUCUCCAUACCACCAAUAACUCCUCUACAUCCAAAUCUACAUCCAAAGAAGCAACCCUCUCAAUCCACUACUCAUUCUUCUCCGCCUCUCCCCGCUCCCCAGUACACGAGCAAACAGCCCACCACCUCCUCCGCGUCCUGCACAAGCACGGCCAAGGCCUAUCAACCGGCUACAUCAAACGCGUGCACCACGACGUGGUGCUCCCGCAAGCAGUCGUGCAAAACACCUACGCGCGUCUAAAAGCUAAAUACGCAAAAGUCUUAUGUGAGAGUUGGAGCGAGAGUACCGAUCCCACGAAACACGUGUUUGAAGAUCUGGGGAUUGCGGCGUUCUUGAUCGAGUUGUGGAGGGAGAUGUAUGGUGGGGGAAAGUUUCCGGGGUUUGUGGAUAUUGGAUGUGGGAAUGGAUUGCUGGUGCAUAUUCUGCUAGAAGAAGGGUAUGCGGGGUGGGGAUUCGAUGCUAGGAGACGCAAGUCUUGGGCUACGUGGUCUGAAGCCGCGCAGGAGAAUCUAAGAGAAUUGGUAUUAAUACCUGCUAUAAUCCAGACUGCGGGAUCGGGGUCAGGAUCUCUAGACUGGAGUCUAGAUACCGAAGCUGGGAAGGGAGAAGGAGAAGGAGUCGGGAUACACAACGGCAUAUUCCCCACCGGUACAUUCAUAAUCUCCAACCACGCCGACGAACUAACACCCUGGACGCCCAUCCUCGCAACCCUCUCCUCCUCUCCCUUCAUCAUGAUCCCCUGCUGCAGCCACUCACUCUCCGGCUCACGAUUCCGAGCUCCAAAAACCACACCUUCAACCUCAUCAACCCCCAACUCACAAAACACCACAUCCAAUCCCAAUUCCAACAACACAAGCGCCUUCGCAAGCCUCGUCUCCUGGGUUUCACAGAUUGCCCAAGACUGCGGCUGGGUAGUCGAAAAAGAAAUGUUGCGAAUCCCUAGCACACGGAAUACGGCGUUGAUAGGACGAAAAAGACUGAAUAACACCACCACCACCAAUCUGAACCCAUCGCAUGAGGUUGCAGAUGCAGAAAAGAAGAAGAUUGAUAUAGAUGUAGAUGUAGAUGUAGAUAUGGAUAUGGAUAUGAAAGAGGUAGUGAAAAAAUACGGAGGUGCAGAGGGGUGGGAGGGUAAUGCGUUGAAACUUGUUAGUGGUGUGUUGCGUGGGCAUUGA